CUGCCAGCGUCAUGAUCUGACUCCCGGAUAUGACGCCCUGACGCGCUGUAAUUCAAAUUUUUCAACUAGGAAGCUAGAAAGUGGUCAUUUCAUUCUCAGAAGUCAAGCGUCCUACAAUGUUAUUUUGGAAACAGUGGUCAAUAUUGUAACACUCCAGACAUGGCAUCAAAAGGCACCAAGGAGACCAUUGUCAACAAGUUAGGCUUUAAAUCCAGUGGCUCAAAACAGGCAGAAGCAGAAAUGGACAGACUCAGGAAGGAGAAUGCUCAUCUGAAGCAGAAGAUGGAUGAACUAUCAAAACGAACAACGAGGCCACCAGACUCCGACAAAAGCAAAUUGCUGGAGAGGAUUCUGUCUCUGGAGACAUUGAGGGAGAGGAACACUCAGCAGCUGCUGGCUAAGGACAAGGAGCUGGAGACUCUGAGACAACAUCUGCAUUCCAAUGGGGGAGAGGUGGUGGCCUCGCUCCAGGCUCAGCUGGACCAGGGGAGGAGAGAGGCCGAGUACAGAGAGAAACUGUUCCAGUCCCUCUCGGAGGAGACAGGGAAUCUGAAGAACAAAUUGGUGGGAGUGUCGGCAAGGUGUCAGGCACUGGAGAAACAGGGUCCUGAUUUACAGAAUGGCCAGGGACUCACCGGUGAGGUUGCAGUAGUUGAGGAUCACUUGAGAGAUGCUUUGGAGAAGAAUCAACAGUGGCUGGUUUAUGAUCAGCAGCGAGAGGCCUAUGUCAAGGGAGUCCUGGCCAGGACCCUUGAGAUGGAGCAGCAACUAAAUCAAGCCAACAAAGCACUCCAACAACACAAAGGCAGUUUGGACGCACCAGAGACGUCUUCGUCCCAGCUGCAGGAGCACUACGACAAGCUGCUGCUGCAGGCCAAGCAGGACGUGGAGGCCCAGAAGGAGGCAGUGGCGCGGGCCCAGGGGGAGCUGGGCGAGCUCCAGAGGCGGUACGAGGAGCGGUGCAUGGAGUUGGUCGAGGUCCGGGAGCAGCUCCGGUCCGAGCGCCUCAGCAGCAGACACACAGUCGGCGAGGAGAGGAAGUGCUCGGCUGACCGCGCCGACAGAAUGCGGUCCGAGCUGGACAGCAUGGACUCCAGGCUGGAGGAGGAGAGGAAGAGGUCUGCUGAGCUGCUGCUGCAGGUGAAUCUACUCCAGAAAACUCUGUUAAACCAAAACGAGGAGCGGAGGAGAGUUGCUAUACUGGAGCAACAUAUCCAGCUAUCUGCCAAAGACUUUGAGAACGAGAAGCUUGAUCGACAGAGUUUACAGCAUCAGCUGCACAAGGUCCUGAAAGAGCUUCGCAAGGCUCGGGACCAAAUCGCAAGACUAGAAUCUAGCAAUCAAAAACAGCAGAGCGAGUCUCGUUUCUCUGAGCCAAGUUCUUACAAGCCUGAGUUUGAGAGGCUGUCCAUUGAGGAUCCCACCUCAACCUCCAAAAACCUCCUGGAUGAGAGUUUCCUGGAGUGUCCAAAGUGCAGAGCUCCAUACGCCACCAGUCAGCACAGAGAACUGCUGGCCCACCUCGACUACUGUUUCACUUGAACAGGUGAUUAAAAAGGGAGUACAUCUGUCCAGUCUGUCUUGCUUUUGUCUUUAAGAUAUUAUUUUUACAUUCCACAUUUUUUUUGUUCAUGCAGAGUUGUUUUUAAAGUGAAACAUCAGUGAUCUAACUGUAAGAUCCUGAAGAUUUGUUUACCAGUAUUUUGUUUCAAAAGGAAAUCAGUGACUUUUUGACAAGAAUAAACAAUUUUCUGAAAUAUUU